UAUAUGAUCUUUGGAGUAUAGGAGCCUUGGACAAUUUUGGAAACCUUACGAGCUUGGGAGAGAAGAUGUCCAACUUCCCCAUGGAGCCUUCGCUCUCCAAGUUGAUUAUACUUGCAUCCUCCAGCCAAUUCAAGUGCUCUCUUGAGAUUUUGAUUAUUGUAUCGAUGUUAUCGGUGCCCAACAUCUUCUAUAGGCCCAAGGAAAGAGUGAAUGAAGCGGACCUGGCUCGAGAAAAGUUCGUGGUGGGUGAGUCUGACCACCUAACGUUGUUGAACGUCUAUCAGCAGUGGGAAGUCCAAUUGCGCAAGCCCAGUACAAAUAUGGGGAAGCUAAUGGCCUGGAGUAACCGAAACUUUCUCAACAAUAAGUCGUUGCUUCGAGCUCGAGAGAUUAAGAACCAGCUUGUGCUCAUCAUGAAGAAAAUGAAGCUCCCCAUCACCAAGGCUCAGGACGAUGAAACCGUCAAGAAGUGUUUGUGUGCUUGUUUCUUUAACCUGGCGGCGCGGCUCUCUAAACUCAACUUGACCAAUACCAACCUGAUUGAAUAUGUGAAUUUGCGGCAUAGUUUCAUGAAGAUGUACUUGCAUCCAACUUCAUGUUUGAAUAAUUCGGCUAAUGUGCCACCUUCGUUUGUGAUUUAUCACGAGUUGAUCUUGACCGCCAAAGAAUACAUGAGCUGCGUCACAGCCGUAGAUCCGUUAUGGCUCCUUGAGUUUGGGUACAUAUUCUACGGGGUGUCGAAGCACGAUCAGAAGAAGUUCCUUAGUUUCGAUAUUGGCUUUGAUCUCAUUGAUAAGGGCCUUUUCGCAGCCGGUCUCGAGGCCGAUAAGAAGCGGUUUGGAGAGAAGAAAGCUGCAGCGAAGCAACCAGUUUCAUACAAGGAGACCAAGGUGCUGCGGUUUAAGACACGGAGGGGCAUCUAGUCAGGACUCUGUACAGAUGAGCUUCAGUAUAUACAUUUAUACUACCCUCAAUGAAUGUUAAAUCAUGGACAAUUGCAACAACAUUCCUGGGUAUAUACACACACAUUGACGUAGCCUUCAAUUUGCGCAAAGACUCUAAUACGAUAGUGGCUG